AUGGUGUGCAUGUGUGGGGCCCUCAUCACUGUGUAUCUGUUAGGAGAACACGUCAUGACCGGAGCCAGGAAAUACGCUGCGUUUGCGGUGCUCUUUGUUUUGGUGAUUUUCCUUACGACGUUGACGUUUUCCUAUCAACGGUUAAUCACCAGGAACCCGUACGUUAGCGCUGGAGACCAUGAGGAUAGUCUGAAGCCACAGUCAAAACCUCGCCUCAUCGAGCAAAGAGUUAAGCUUUGUCUUCUCAAGCAGCCUGUCCUUUUCAACCAGACCACACACCCCAAAUACACGAAAGUUGUCGUCCUAAACAGAGACCAGCUCGUUCAUCAAGGAGAAGUUCUUACCGUAAAGGUUAUGGCAGGAGACAAGGAAGGAAGGCCGAAGACGAGCGGAGGAGAUUUUUUCCGUGCCAGGCUCAUCGGCAGUGACGGUUCUGUGCAGGCCAGUAGCGCCGGUCACGUCACUGAUCACUGUAACGGUACCUACACCGUGCAGUUCCCGCUCUACUGGGUAGGAACCGUUUCGAUAAAGAUCCAGCUUGUUCAUCCAAGCGAGGCGGUGAAGGUUCUGCAAAGAGUACGAGAAACUCCAAACAAGAGAUUUUUCUACUGCAGCUUUGUGGACGCGAACAACACCGAUACGACACGAUGUUUCAGCUCUGUCAACCCCAGCCUACCGUCCUACCAACAGUGUGACUUCUCAAAGCCAGAGGUGAACGGAACCUGGGUUUGUGAGAAGCCGGACAAACUUCCGUGUUCCGCCGUCUCAAAAUGUCGGUGGGACCGGCUCGAGAGCGUGGCAAGGACGCUGCGAGGCGUGUCUCAACAGGAAGAGACACUUUUCCAAAAGCCGUAUAUUGAGAAAGAACUUGAAGUAGAACCCAAUGAGCCCAUACCUGUUCUUGAGCGACAAGGUCGACGUCCCACAACUCAACACCUUCCACCGUGUACCUGGGACAAGUCUGCAUCUGUAGGACACUGGUCAGGCAAUGUCUGGAAGUCAUCCGUUUGCAACGUCCGAGUGUUCACUCAGAGAGACAUCCAGCGGUGCCUGGCUAACAAGACCGUGUACAUGCAAGGUGACUCAACCCUCAGACAAUGGAGCGAGCGUUUGCAGGAGAUAGUGCCGUUGUACUACAAUAAGAAUACCAUGGAUUUUACAGCUAUUCUAGCAGGAGACAACCGCCAAUGGAACAUCUCAGUUCGCUACCGGUUUCACCACUUCCCACUGCAACAAGUCAACUGGAAUGUCUUCUCUAACUUCCGUUACGUUGCUGAUGAGUUGGACCCCAGUCCCGGGGGUUCAAACACGGUUAUAGUCCUGAGUCUGUGGGCUCACUUUACGGCAGAGCCGCUAGAAAUAAUCCGGUCCAGACUGUACGCCAUACGGGGCGCCAUACACCGUCUCAAGCGCAGGAGUCCUGCUACACAGAUUGUUGUGAGAACUGGAACAACGCGACAGCACAGAACCGCAUAUACACGGAGAGGAGCAGAGCUGCAGUUCUACUUGACAGGAAGUGACUGGCUGUCUUACCAGAUCACGGAGGUGAUACGGGAGAUGUUCCGAGCGGAUCCAGACGUGGUUGUGCUGGACACGUGGGACAUGAGCGUGUGCCAGCCGGGGAAGGACGCCAUCCACCCUGAUGAAACCAUGGUAGACAACCAGUUAAACAUGCUGCUUUCUCAUAUCUGUCCUAACUAGAGAUGGCAGAACGUUCGUAUAAUACUGCAGAG